CGACCACGACGUCUGCUAAACGUCAAGCAGCCAGUGCUAUACGUAUGAUAUAUUUUACUAUUAUUGUACGUACGGGCGUGAAUUGAUGGUGCGAUGAAUAUGCGCGAGUUUUAUUUCGUAUUAAAUUGCCGUCGUAAAAAUCGUUUCUAAAAUAUUUUUUCGGUACCGACAUUAUAAAAUAUACGACUUUAAUAAUAUAAUCUACCACCGAUAUAAAACUAUACCACUGUUACACAUACUAAAUAUACUACCACUUCUAUUACUACUGUAUAUUACUACUAGUUACUUUAUUAGGCUCCUACUAUUAUAAUAAUAUGGUAUAAAUUUCUAUUAUAUAUAUAUAUAUAUAUAUAUUAUAAUACGCCGCCGUUAUAUCAAUAUCAACGAUAUUCGUUCCGAUUAAAAUCUAAUAGUAUCGUGCGCGGGUGAUAUCGAAAAUAAUAACACAACGGUUUUUGCGUGAAAAAUAUCGUCGCCGCGCGUCCGGAAUGAUGUUAAAAAACACUGAGGCCGACCUGCGACCCGGCAAACAGCAGCAGCUGAUGUUGGGCGCGUUCGGAGGUCCGCAGAUGUUGGCAGACACCUUGCACGCCGCCACGGCCGCCGACGACGAAGACGACGACGACGAUUGCGGUGGCGGAGAUCGCAAGGGAGACAUGUACGCGGCGACCGCUAUGGCCAUGAAGGACUCGCCGGUGGCGGCCGGUCUGCAGGACGGCAACGGGUUUUGGAUGGCGGCCGUGUCCGCGGCCGGGCCGCAGAUGGACCACCACGCGGCCGACUAUCAGCCGGCCGCAGUGCCUGACUACAUGAUGCACCACGUGAUGGGAGGCGGUGGUGGUAACGAAAACGUGUCGCCGGUGGACCCGCAACACCAGCAGCAGCAGCACCACCAGGUCGCUGCUGCUGCCGCAGCCGCCGCCGCCAUGUACCAGAUGCAGGCAGACCAGCAGGUCGGUGGCGGUGGUGGCGGUGGGAUCGGUGCCGGUGGAGGCGGUGGACAGCAAGAGUAUCCUUGGAUGAAGGAGAAAAAGACCACCAGGAAAAACAACCAUCAAGGAGUGCGUAAAACUACGUGUUUAUUCGAUGAAAAACAAAACGGUUUGCCUAGGAGACUAAGGACCGCAUACACCAACACUCAGCUCCUAGAGCUCGAGAAGGAAUUCCAUUUCAGCAAGUAUCUGUGUCGGCCCAGGAGAAUAGAAAUCGCCGCAUCUCUAGAUCUCACCGAGAGACAGGUCAAAGUAUGGUUCCAAAACAGACGGAUGAAGCAUAAGAGGCAGACCAUCAACAAGCAGGGCGAAGACGGCGACGACAAGGACUCACAAAGUUCUGGCACGACUACUGGCAAACACGGAAAGUCAUCAGGAGGUGGCGGCGGUGGCGACAAACAGAUGGACGACAAGAAAAGUUGUCAGAACUGCGACUUGCCACCCGGCAUAAUGAUGGAUCACGUGACCCGAAAUAGCAGUGGGGCCGGGAGUAGCGCUGGCAGCGUCAGUUCGUUCGACACGAAAAUGGAAGACGACUCGCGGUCCAACGAGGGCAUAAUGCACAUGGCCGUCAAGCGGGAACCAUCAGGCAAACCAGAACAAGCGCAGACGAACAAGAAAUCGACGGCGGCGAUGUGCCCGAAAGACCCUAUGAGGCUAAUGCCGGAUAUAUCGCCGGAAGUAGGCAAGUCGCUAAAGGGAGGCGGCACGUCCGUGGGAAGUUUGACGCCAUCUACGCCGGACACGCCGUCUACCGCUUUGUCAAGUCCUCUGGGAACCGCGGCCGCCAUGUACCAACAACAGCAGCAACAACAGCAGCAACACCAGCAACAGCAACAACAGCAACUCGAUCACUCGGUGUCUACACCACCGACGCCGUCCAACGGGGGACCGGCGGCCAAGUCACCGUACUCGAGGGCCGCCGACGCUUACAGACAGCAGCAACAGCAAUACAACAAGCAAAACAAUUUCGGCGGCACCGGCAAGGACUGCUAUAUGUCACAGUAUCCACCGACCACGCAAAGUCGCUGGUACAUGUCGCCAGAAACUUCGUCUCCCCCGUCGUCGUCUUCGUCUUACAAGUCCAAGUCCGGAGCGGCCGCGGCCGUCCAGAGCCCUGGCAGGGUACAGCAACAGUCCGGUCCGGGCCAUUGUCGUCAACAGUACUUGCAGGGCGCAGGUUAUGGCCCACAACAGCAAUACUGUAACGGUUACAGCAACAACGGUUAUCAGUCGGGUGGCGGCGGCGGCGGCGGCGGUGAUUCGUACCAGCAGGCCGCGACAGUACCGUCAGCUGUCGGUUACCAUCACCGUCAGGCAUACCAACAGCAGCAGACCGGCGUCAGUGGUUACGGCGGCAGCACCGCCGGUGUCGGAGGCGCUGGUAACGGCAGUGACGAUUAUCACCACCACCAUUUGAGUUACGCCGGCACGUACCAAGCCACUAGCCAAGGAUACGCGUCCAGCAACCAUCACAUGGGAAGCGGCGGAGGCGUCGGAGUUCAUCACCAACAGCAACAUCACCAACAGGACCAUCACUCGGGCUCGCAACUGUACAACAUGGACUACCACCAUCAACCACAUCAUCAACAGCAGCAACUCCAACAGCAGCAGCAACAUCACCAGCCACAACACCACCAACAACAGCAGCAGCAGCAGCAGCAACAGCAGCAGAUCCGGUACAACAAGUCGGCCGCGGCUGCCGCCGUGCAGGUGUCGGCUGGCCAGUACUACGUGGACCCCGUGGCAGGUGGUGGCGGCGGUACCGGGACCGCCGUGGCCGCCGUACCGGAACUGGAGGCCGCGUUCGCCGACCAAUUCCACGCGCACGGCUCAUCUGUGACCAUGACGCCGCCGAACAGCGUCCGGGCGGCCGCGGCCGCCGAUUCGUCCGGCGACCACUUCAACAGUUUCCAUCACUUCUACAACGGCUCCACGUCGGCUGGCCCGGUGGUCGGCGAACCGCACUGUCAGCACCAGCAACCGUCGCUGCACCAGCAGCACCAUCACCAGCCGGCAAACGCCGCCGUAGCCGCGGCCGUCGUCGCUCCGGUCACCGGUAGCGCUGCAGCCGCGGCAGCAGCGGCCGCCACCGCCGCCGCAAUGGCGCAUCACCCGCCCCCGCCGCCGCUGCCGCACCACCACCAUCACCACCACGGCGGCGUGCACGACAACAGCAACAGUUCGUCCGAUUUCAACUUCCUCAGCAACCUGGCCAACGAGUUCGCACCCGAAUACUAUCAGCUCAGCUGAGAUUCGCUCUACUAUUAGCUCACAUCGUCGCCGCCGUACGUAUAACUCGCACGUUCGUGAGGUGUACUGCUGCUGUCAUCUGCACCCCCCCCCCACCAUAUGUUGUGCAUACUCAUCGCGGUUCCGGCGGUUUUCGUGUACAGUAUGUAUUAUUUUGCCUUUCGGAAUCGUAUUCGUGGCCGACGCGAGUCGUCGAUAUUUGUCAUCACUGCAUGCGGAUUUUUUCGGUUUACAUCUAAUUUGGAUUUGGUCUUCUCGUCCGAGUUGUGGCCGUCGACCGCCGGACGAUUUACCUAUUUAAAUAUUUAGCGUUUGAUCAAAAGUCAUAAAAAUUAGCACCGAGAUAGACUGUCUUCGGGUCAUCACGCGUAAAGUAUGCGAGUGAGCACGUCGAAACCUUCGUAGAAUGUUUUACCAAAACUCACAUCUCACAUUAUAAUAUUAUUACGAUAUUAGUGGCGUUUAACAUAUAUGAAUAUUAACUUUUAACUGCGAUUGAAUUUGUGUUUUGUACGUUUCGCGUGUUUUUUUUUAUCCAAAAAACCUUCAGUGGUUCGCCGAAUUCCGAUAGAUUCUAUCACACAGGCUCUAAACGGAUGUCCACUCGGAAAACAACUGUCUGCCACAUAAUAUUUAUUUUCGUUUUUGUACACAAAAUUCGAUCAUGUCCAAGCUCAUUAAAAUAUUAUUGUUUUUAUGUUAAGUAUAUUUUUUUAUUCAACCGUUACGUUUCAUCAUUAUUUUGUAUACCAUAUUAUUUUAAACGAAAAACAAAUAAUAUUAUUAUCUUCGACGAUUAUUUAUUAUUUUUGUUGUUUUGUAUAUUAUUAUUUUACCGUUAAUUUUCUAGAUUAAGAAAAGUUCGUUGUAAAAUAACAGCGGUGUAGAUGUCGCACUUGAAACCGUGUGACGCAUUGCAUUGCAACCUUGUACAUUACUUAUACACAUUAUAGAUGAAAUACUGUAACUAAACAAUAUAAUAACUGUUUCCUUUUGGUCGUGUUAAAUAUUUCUUGUACAAAAAUAAUU